AUGUCGGUGUUGCGUUUAGCAACAAUCAAUGUUCAUUCAUUUCGUAAUCCAAAAAAUUAUGAUAGUAAUGUUAUUGAUUUAGUAUCAAUUCUUCAACCAUUAAAUCUUGAUUUAAUUGCUACAGAAGAAAUACAAAAUAAUAAUCAUUGGACGAAUUUUUGUCGAAAUCUUGGUUUUGAGCAUUUUAUUCAUGGACAAUGUGGUCAAGAUUACUUUGCUAAUGGUAUUGCAUCACGUCAUCCAAUUAAAUUUCAUUCUAAUCAAUCAGAUUCGUUCUCAUAUUCAGGUGGUACAAGAGCUUUACUUCAAUGUCGUUUAGAUGGAUUUGAUAAUUUAACAUUUGGUGUUACACAUUUAGAUCAUUUUGCUGAAGAUCCUCGAUUAAAACAAAUCGAAUAUUUUAAACCUCAUAAACAAAAUAUUGAUAUACUUAUGGGUGAUAUGAAUUCUUUAACACGAGAUGAUUAUUCAGAUGAUUAUUUUAGUAAAACUGUUUUCGGACAGCGAAAAAAAUCUGGAUGGGAAAAACCUCGUUUUGAUUUAACUCAUUUAAUAACACAUGAAUGGGAUUAUCAAGAUGCAUUUAAAUUAAAAAAUCCGAAAAUAAAAGAUGAACAACUAGCAACAUGUGCAUAUGGAACACGUAUUGAUUAUAUCUUUGUACAUCCUCGUAUUAAUGAACGAUGGAAUUUGACCGAAUGUUUAAUAAUUGAUACUAAAGGAGUGACUGAUCACAAUGGUGUUUUAGCUGAAUUUAAACUGAAAUGA